CAGCCCGGGCCCCCCGCCGCAGGCGAGGCCCAGGCCGCGGCCGACAUGAACCACCAGCAGCAGCAGCAGCAGCAGAAAGCGGGCGAGCAGCAGCUGAGCGAGCCCGAGGACAUGGAGAUGGAAGCUGGAGAUACAGAUGACCCACCAAGAAUUACUCAAAACCCUGUUAUCAACGGGAAUGUAGCCAUGAGUGAUGGGCACAACAACACAGAGGAAGAUAUGGAGGAUGACACGAGUUGGCGCUCCGAGGCGACCUUUCAGUUCACUGUCGAGCGCUUCAGCAGACUGAGUGAGUCGGUCCUUAGCCCUCCGUGUUUUGUGCGAAAUCUGCCAUGGAAGAUUAUGGUGAUGCCACGCUUUUAUCCAGACAGACCACACCAAAAAAGCGUAGGAUUCUUUCUCCAGUGCAAUGCUGAAUCUGAUUCCACGUCGUGGUCUUGCCACGCGCAAGCUGUGCUGAAGAUAAUAAAUUACAGAGACGAUGAGAAGUCGUUCAGCCGCCGCAUUAGCCACUUGUUCUUCCACAAGGAGAACGAUUGGGGGUUUUCCAAUUUCAUGGCCUGGAGCGAAGUGACUGAUCCUGAGAAAGGAUUUAUAGAUGAUGACAAAGUUACUUUUGAAGUCUUUGUACAGGCGGAUGCUCCCCAUGGAGUUGCGUGGGAUUCAAAGAAGCACACGGGCUAUGUCGGUUUAAAGAAUCAGGGAGCGACUUGUUACAUGAACAGCCUGCUGCAGACUUUAUUUUUCACAAAUCAACUACGAAAGGCUGUGUACAUGAUGCCAACAGAGGGUGAUGAUUCAUCCAAAAGCGUCCCCUUAGCAUUACAAAGAGUGUUCUACGAAUUACAGCACAGCGAUAAGCCUGUAGGAACAAAAAAGCUAACGAAGUCCUUCGGGUGGGAAACUUUAGAUAGCUUCAUGCAGCACGACGUUCAAGAGCUGUGUCGAGUGUUGCUUGAUAAUGUGGAGAAUAAGAUGAAAGGCACGUGUGUGGAAGGCACCAUACCUAAAUUAUUCAGAGGCAAAAUGGUGUCCUAUAUCCAGUGUAAAGAAGUAGACUAUCGAUCUGAUAGAAGAGAAGAUUAUUACGAUAUCCAGCUAAGUAUAAAAGGAAAGAAAAAUAUAUUUGAAUCAUUUGUGGACUACGUGGCUGUGGAACAACUAGACGGUGACAAUAAAUACGACGCUGGGGAGCAUGGUUUGCAGGAAGCAGAGAAAGGUGUGAAAUUCCUAACUUUGCCACCAGUGUUACAUCUACAGCUGAUGAGAUUUAUGUAUGACCCUCAGACGGACCAAAAUAUCAAGAUCAAUGAUAGGUUUGAAUUCCCAGAACAGUUACCACUCGAUGAAUUUUUGCAAAAAACAGAUCCUAAGGACCCUGCAAAUUAUAUUCUUCAUGCAGUCCUGGUUCACAGUGGAGAUAAUCAUGGUGGACAUUAUGUGGUUUAUCUAAACCCCAAAGGGGAUGGCAAAUGGUGUAAAUUUGACGACGACGUGGUGUCCAGGUGUACGAAGGAGGAGGCCAUCGAGCACAACUACGGGGGCCACGACGACGACCUGUCCGUGCGGCAUUGCACCAACGCGUACAUGCUGGUGUACAUCAGGGAGUCCAAGCUCAGUGAGGUUUUACAAGCGGUCACUGACCACGACAUCCCUCAGCAGUUAGUAGAGCGACUCCAGGAGGAGAAAAGGAUCGAGGCCCAGAAGCGGAAGGAGCGGCAGGAAGCCCACCUCUACAUGCAAGUGCAGAUAGUUGCAGAGGACCAGUUUUGUGGCCACCAAGGAAAUGAUAUGUACGAUGAAGAAAAGGUGAAAUACACUGUAUUCAAAGUAUUGAAAAACUCCUCACUGGCUGAAUUUGUCCAGAACCUCUCUCAGACCAUGGGAUUUCCACAAGAUCAGAUUCGAUUAUGGCCCAUGCAGGCAAGGAGCAAUGGAACCAAACGGCCAGCAAUGUUGGAUAACGAGGCGGACGGCAACAAGACGAUGAUUGAGCUGAGUGAUAAUGAAAACCCGUGGACGAUAUUCCUGGAAACCGUUGAUCCGGAGCUGGCUGCCAGUGGGGCCACGUUACCCAAGUUUGAUAAAGAUCAUGAUGUCAUGCUAUUUUUGAAGAUGUAUGAUCCCAAAACACGGAGCUUGAAUUACUGUGGGCACAUCUACACACCAAUAUCCUGUAAAAUACGUGACUUGCUCCCGGUUAUGUGUGACAGAGCAGGAUUUAUCCAAGAUACUAGCCUUAUCCUCUAUGAGGAAGUUAAACCGAAUUUAACAGAGAGAAUUCAGGAUUAUGACGUGUCUCUUGAUAAAGCCCUCGAUGAACUAAUGGAUGGUGACAUUAUAGUCUUCCAGAAGGAUGACCCUGAAAAUGAUAACAGUGAAUUACCCACUGCAAAAGAAUAUUUCAGAGACCUCUAUCACCGUGUUGAUGUCAUUUUCUGUGAUAAAACGAUCCCUAAUGAUCCUGGAUUUGUGGUUACAUUAUCAAACCGAAUGAAUUAUUUUCAGGUUGCAAAGACAGUGGCCCAGAGGCUCAACACUGACCCCAUGUUGCUCCAGUUUUUCAAGUCUCAAGGUUAUAGGGACGGCCCAGGUAACCCUCUUAGACAUAAUUAUGAAGGGACUUUAAGAGAUCUCCUACAGUUCUUCAAGCCUAGACAACCUAAGAAACUUUACUAUCAGCAGCUUAAGAUGAAAAUCACAGACUUUGAAAACAGACGAAGUUUUAAGUGUAUUUGGUUAAACAGCCAGUUUAGGGAAGAGGAAAUCACGCUAUAUCCCGAUAAGCAUGGGUGUGUCCGGGACCUGCUGGAAGAAUGUAAAAAGGCUGUUGAGCUUGGGGAGAAGGCGUCAGGGAAACUUAGGCUGCUAGAAAUCGUAAGCUACAAGAUUAUUGGUGUGCACCAAGAAGAUGAACUGUUAGAAUGCUUAUCUCCGGCGACGAGUAGAACGUUUCGAAUAGAGGAAAUACCUUUGGACCAGGUGGACAUAGACAAGGAGAAUGAGAUGCUCGUCACCGUGGCGCACUUCCACAAAGAGGUGUUUGGGACGUUCGGGAUUCCAUUUUUGCUGAGGAUACACCAGGGCGAGCAUUUCAGAGAAGUCAUGAAACGGAUUCAGAGUCUGCUAGACAUCCAGGAAAAGGAGUUUGAGAAGUUUAAAUUUGCCAUUGUGAUGAUGGGCCGACACCAGUACAUAAACGAGGAUGAGUAUGAAGUGAACUUGAAAGACUUUGAGCCCCAGCCUGGUAACAUGUCUCAUCCUCGGCCUUGGCUAGGGCUCGACCACUUCAACAAAGCCCCAAAGAGGAGUCGCUACACUUACCUGGAAAAGGCCAUUAAAAUCCAUAACUGACUUCCUUACCCAGUGUGUGCAAGGCGAGGGGCCGUGCGUGGGUGUGUGCCCCUUUUUAACAGCCUAGAACUUUGGUACACGUGCACUCUAUCCGAAGUCUUCAGCAAGGGAAUUUGCUGCUGAUGUUAAUUUUAUUUUGUUGAGGCUGUUCAGUUUGGCUUCUCUGUAUCUAUUGACUGCCCUUUUUGAGCAAAAUGAAGGUGUUUUUAUAAAGCUUGGAUGCCAAUGAGAGUUAUUUUAUGGUAACCACAGUGCAAGGCGACGGCCAGCAUUGCGGGGGAGAAGAGGUGAGGGCCGUGAGGCUCUGGCGAGAGGCCUCUGGUCUGUUCCUAGCCGGCGGAGGCCACCUGGCUGCCUUCCUAGGGUCGCGGUCACCAGCCCCACGGCUGGUCUUGUGUGUAGGCUCGUCUGACAUAUUUUCCUCUCAGUUCUACUUGCCAUGACCUUUUGUGCAUCUGUAAAGGCAAAACAGAGAAACUCACAACCUAAUAAAUAGUGCUCUUUCCUUCA